AUCAGUUUUCACCAGAGCGAAAUUAAACAAAACUACGAAAUUCUUUAUAACAUUUUGUAAUCUAAACAGGCAAUCGUAAAAUGACUGAAAAUAUGCUAUUUAACAUUGGAGAUCGUCUAGUAGUAGAUGAAGAAGUAUGUACUGUUCGCUUUUUUGGCAUAGUUGAAGGAACUAAGGGCAAUUGGUUGGGCGUUGAGUGGGACAAUCCAAAGAGAGGUAAACAUUCGGGUGAAAAGGAUGGCAAGUUUUAUUUUAAAACUCAUAUUCCAAAUGCUGGAUCGUUUGUAAGACCAAGGCUGGCUCACACUGGCAAUAGUUUAAUGACGGCACUAAAUGAGCGAUACGGUAUUGUGGAAAAUGGGGGAGUUGAUAAAGAUCUAUCAGUAAGAGGAUCUAGGGGAAGAGAAACUGCAGUUGAGAUGGUUGGAGCUGAAAAGGUUAACCAAACUAUGAGUCACUUGGAAAAUCUUGUCCAAAUGUCUCUGGAAGGUUUUUAUUUGAAUAGCGUUGAAAAAAAUAGUCCAAUUCUGAAAAAGUUAAGAGUAUUCGAUUUUGGAAGGUGUCUUCUAAAAUCUUGGGAAGAGGUCUCAAAAUUCUUGGAGUUUAUGCCAAGUAUCAAUGAAAUAUCAGUCUCAUCAAAUCUUUUAGACCUUCCACCGAAUCCUCAAAUGUUAAGUGAAUUUUUCGAAAAAGUUAAAGUACUUGUUACGAAUAGAAUGUAUUUUCGACAACUUCCUGAAAUUAACUACUACACUUGGAAUGAAGUUAAAAAAUUAGGUCAAAUUUGCAGAAACUUGGAAGAGUUAUUUGUUUGUUUCAACAAUAUCACAGAGAUUGAUGAUGUUUCAACGAUAACAAACAUAAAAUAUUUAAAUUUAGAAGGGAAUUCACUUGCAGAUUUCAAUCAAGUUUUAACUCUUUCCGAAUUACCAAAUUUAACAGUUUUAGUCUUAAACGAUACGGGAGUAAAAGAAGUAAAAUUCCCUGAAAAUUUUAAUGGAUUUUCAAAGCUAUACGAUUUAUAUUUAGAUAAAAAUCAAAUAGCUGAUUGGUUUAGUAUCACUGAGCUUAGAAGGUUACCUUCAUUACAAAAAUUAAAGUUUUCAAAAAAUCCUCUUCUAACGGAAGAAGUUGAAAAAACUGCCAGGCAAAUUAUUGUUGCUAAAUUAAAAAAUUUAAUUGACCUUAACCGAACACCUGUUACAAAAGUGGAGAGACGUGGCUCUGAACUAGAUUAUCUUAAAAUCUACGGUAAAGAAUGGAGAGCCAGUGGAGGACAUCAGGAUCCAUCUAAAAACAAUCCUAGCAAAGAAUUUACAACAGAACAUCCAAGAUAUCAAGAAUUAAUUGAUACUUAUGAUGCUCCGGAAGAUAGCGAGUUAACGCAAAUUUCUACUGCUUUAGAAACACAACUAAUAGAAAUUAAGCUGAGAUAUGAACAGAAGUCGAAUGGUGAUUGGAUAGAAGUUGGAAGUUGUAAGAAAAAAAUACCAAGAAAAAUGACGGUUUCCAAACUGAAGCAGUUGGCGGGAAAAGCUUUUCGAAUUAGAAAAAGGAUACACUUAUCGUAUUCGAGCGAUCAACAACCUGAAAGCAUACACGAACUUGAUAAGGAUAAUCAAGAGAUUGAUUAUUUUGCUGUCGAUACAAAUGAUACUGUUCAUGUUCGUCCUCUAUGAUUCAAAUUAGUAUUAUAAUAUAUAUACAA